AUGACUUACCGUAUAGCUGCUCGAUGUCUCCAGAACCUGCUUCUCUGUCUUCUAAUCACUUCACCUCUAGAUGUUAUAGCUCAAGGAGGACAAGGUGACAUACCAGUUGUUAAUCCUACAAGUCCUGGUGGCGGUACCACCACACCAACCAUAACUCAACCAUCACCGCCUUCUUUAACAUACCCAGGUCCAAUAACUAACCCAACAGGUGGUUAUCCACCGCUUGAUGGUACUACACCAACUGGUGGUGGUGGCUACCCGCCAACCGGUGGUUACCCACCGCUUGAUGCGAAAGCAAGUGCUUCGACAACAUCAUUACAGGUGGCUUUGGAUUACGCUUGUGGGUACGGAGGAGCUGAUUGUGGUCAGAUCCAACAAGGUGCAAGCUGUUACGAGCCUAACACCAUUCGUGAUCAUGCUUCCUUUGCAUUCAAUAGUUAUUACCAGAAGCAUCCUGGUCCAGACAGCUGCAAUUUCGGAGGGGCAGCGCAACUUACCAGCACAGAUCCAAGUAAAGGAAACUGUCACUUCUCAGCAUCAUCAGGAACAGUCAGCACAAGCCCGCCAAGUCAACCGAGUCCACCAGAUUAUUCUUCCCCACCUUCUACAACAUACCCACCCCCAAUAACAACUCCAACUACAGGCAUACCUGGUUCUCCACCCUAUGGUGUGGCAGAGCCAACAGGGCUUCCGAAUUCAGCAACCCAUGUGUCACAUAGCGUCCUCUCAAUAUUUACAGCAGUUGGGAUACUAAUGCCACUGCUCAGGGACAAUUAUCUUUAA